AUGAUUAAAAAUAUAACUGUAAUUGUUGCACAUAUUGAUCACGGCAAAACAACAUUAGUAGAUAGCUUUUUAGCAAGUAAAAACUAUAUUCCAUCAACACUAGCCGGUGAAAUGAGAUAUUUAGAUUCUCGAGAAGACGAACAACUUAGAGGUAUUACUCUUAAAAAUAGUUUUUUAGAGAUAGAGGGUGAGUAUUAUAUAGAUACACCAGGGCAUGUAGAUUUUGGCGCAUUGAUUCAUUCUGCAUCAUUUUUAGCUGAUAAUUUUAUUUUAGUGAUAGACAUUGCAGAGGGUAUAAUGCCUCGUACAGUUUCACUUAUCAAAUUUAUUGAUAAAAAUAAAACAGUUUUAAUUUUGAAUAAGGCAGACAAGGCAGUUGAGUAUUCUGAAAUUGAAUCAUUGGUUUAUCAGAUUAAUAAUCUUGUUGGAGAAGAAGUGUUCCAGUGGAGUAAAAACAACAUAGUAUUGUGUACAGCUAAAAAUUGUGGUGCAGUUAACUUUAAUUAUUUUAAAGCAAGUAAGAAAAACACACUUAAAAAUGCCUACAAGGCUUUUCAAUUGUUGUAUAAAAAAAUAAUUGAUGGAGAUACAGAAAAAUUGAAAGAAAAGUAUAAAAUUAAGGUUAAUACAUUAAAAAAUUAUUUUUCUGUAAUAUUUCCUGUAAGUUCAACUAUAAACAAUUCUAUUUCUUGCCUAAUGAAUGUUGAUAGAGAUCCUUUUGAAUUUAUUAUUGAAAAAGAAUUUAAAGGUACAAUUUACGGAAUUACAACAUAUUGCCUGUUAAAGAAACAAACGAGUCUUAAAAGGCAAAAUGUAGUUUUUGUGACUAGAAUAUUCAAUAAGCUAAAAACAGGUGAAUGUGUAUUUUGUUGUACAAGUAACGGUUAUAAAAAGGUUGAAGUUGAAAAAAUUUUUAAUUUUACAGGGGAAGAUUUAAUAGAAACUAAUGAAGCAAUGCCAAAUACUUUAGUGUGUUUAAAAGGUGAUUUUUUAAAAGACUCACUAUUAACUAGCUUAGAAUGUCAUAAAAAACCGUUAAAAAAUCUGUUUCCGUUAUACUUAGCUAAAAUAAGAUUAAAAGAUCUAUCAAACGAAAAUUUAGAAAAAUUUAAAGAAUCAUUAAAAACAUUGGGACUUUUAGAACACUCACUUAAAGUUCACAAAAACAGAUACAAUGAAUUUGAAAUUAAAUGCUGUGGAAUUGUUCAAUUUGAAAAAAUUUGUGAGGAUUUAAGAAAUAACGAUUUAGAAUUUUCAAUCAUUUCUGACUGUAAAAAAUUUAAAGAAUUUGCUAGGAAUACUGCUUAUAAAAAAUUCAUAACCGACAAUUAUGAUUUUUUAAUAAAUGUUGAGCCAUCAGAUGAAUUAGAAGUGCAUGUAUCAAGUGGAUAUGGAGUAGCUUAUAGUGCUUUGAAAGUGUUUGUUAAUGAAGGUCCUUUAAUAAGAGAAAGUAUAAUUAAAACAAAAAUAACCAUAGAAAUCAAGAGAGGAUCAUCAGUUUCACUUUUUGGAAUACUUAAACAAGCACUUACUGAAACAUUCUUAGAAUCAAACCCAUCAAUUUGUCCACUUUAUUAUGACACUAAAAUUUAUAUAACUACUCAAUACUUAGGAAAUAUUUAUACACUACUACCUAAGCUAUACUACGUUAUAAAAGAGGAAGUUUAUGAUGAAGAGAACGACUUUUUCAUUAUUUACUGUAAAAUACCACAAUUUUUAUUUAAGGAAGCAGUUGAUCAAAUCUAUACACAAAGUAAAGGAACUGCUUAUUUAGAAGGAAUUGAAGAUGAUUUUUUAAUAACAGAGUAUAAUUUUAGUGAGUACAUAACAACCAUUCUUAAAGAUAAAGGUCUUUAUAAAGAAGAAAAAAUAGUUGAAGAUGCCUCUAAACAAAGAACAAUGCGAAUGUAA